GUUGCCGCUGCUACAGCUAUGUCUUUCGCCGAUAUCGCUGAAUUAGCCGGUCCUGCCACAGGUAGAGCGACGGGGUUGCAUGUCACUCCGUUGGGCGUGGCUGCUCUCGAUUCUACCCCCGGAUCAGGUCAAGGGAUGGGAUCAGGAGGAGGUAUGGGGAUUGGAUCGGGAAGAGCGGCGGCAGUGAGGAUGAAGUUGGAGAAGAUGUUACAGAUCAAAGAGGAUAUGACGGAUGAACAGAGGAGAGAAGUUAUAGCUAUGAUCAAGAAACAAACCAGUAAAUUACCUUCGAGCUCGAAGAAGGCUUUGGUGGCUAAAGUCAUUGAGACUAAGUUGUGGGAUGAAGUGGAGCCGGAAGAGAAGGGUAUGGUUAAGGAUUUGACGUGUUCGGUGUGUCAUGAUGAGUACGAACCCGACAGUCUGAUAGGUGUUACACCUUGCAAACAUAUGUAUCAUCAAGAAUGUUUAGAUACAUGGUUCUCUCAACCAAACAUUGCCUCUUGUCCUAUGUGCCGACGAGACUUGGCAGCGUUACCGAUAAUGAUCCGUUUUGUUUGGAGUAAGAACAAAGAUGAUGCUUUAGCAUUAUGGAUGGCAUAGUGAUAGGAUGGGAUUUUCUUUUCCAAAAUUUACACUAGAUUUUGUUGACAUAAAGUGCAUGGAUAUGUAAUUUUAAUUUACGAC